CCGCUUACUUUUUCUUGAAUGCUUGUGGGGUUACUUUGUUAGCUAUCAGGAAUACGCUAAUGCUAGGUCUCUUCUUCCUAUGCCACGUCGCUAAGGCGUGUCGGAUUGUCAGCAUGUUAAGUUUAUCUUGUAGCAUUGCGGUAGUAUUGAUAUGAGGCGUUUACGAGUCGAGGGAAACUAACGGAGUAAAUCACGAAAUGCUUUACAUCCUUGUCGGUUAUUGUGAGGGGAAAAUGGCGGAUGAGGACAUCACUUCCUCAUUAGCUUGGCAAAGUAACCAAUGGCUCCUACUUGUUGCUGCUGUUAUAAUAGUACCCGAUUUCUGAUCAGAAGCCUCUCACAUGACCAGUCAACAGGGAUUGUUGACUGGUCAUGUGUGUUCCUCACCACGAUUUUCGCAACGUCUCACGCGCUCUGAAGGCCGCUGUUGGUCACCUUCCAUCAUGUCUGACACUCUGAUGCGAGGCGUCCGGGUCCAGCUGACCACAACGAUGGACUCCGUCUUGAGGAUGGCCGUGUUCGAAGUCAUGAGGAUCUUUGAAAGCGCACUGUAUAACCAUAAAAUGGAGAUGGCACACAAGGGAGAAGAGAUUGCUCAGCUCAAAAUAAAACUACAAGCUGCAGAGCUAAAGCUUAAAGACUUUGAGAUGAACAGUCAGAGAAGAGCAGAGACGACUGAAACCCAAUCAAAGCCAGAAGUUGUUCCAGUUACCCCAGUUACCACAGUUGCCCCAGAACAGCCUGUCACAGUUCCUGAGAUUGAUGUUGAAGUGCCCGAUGACUGGUGUGCUCCACUGGGCUGUGAUACAUCGAACAAACAAGAGGAGGGUUGUCCCAGCGUAAGACUGCGGCAGUUUUCCAUUCGUCUGUUUCCUGUUGCUGUUGUUAAGCACGAGGAGGACAACCAUGUCGUCAGCCUCCAGAAAUCUCCAGUCGGCAGGAGGUCAAAAAGAAUCUCUGCCAUGAAUGAAAAGCCAAGCCCGAGCCAAGACGAAAGUAAACCAGUUGGUAAUGGAGCAGCUCGGCACCGGAAAAUAAGAGGCGACAUCAACAAAUUACUCCAAGGUCUCAGCAAGGACUUCUGUAACGUCACCGGUUUGGACCGGCUUCGGAAAAGACAAAUGAGCGAGGAAACAUUUACAGAUGACGACAAAAAAGAGAAGAAAGCCGAAGAAGAUUCAUCAAAGCACAAAGAGAAAGAUCAGAGCAAAUAUAAAUACACUUGUGAGACUUGCUACAAGGUGUUCAACACUAAACAAGGCCUGGGUGAACAUGUCCGUUCCCGGAGGAAGUGCAAAGGCUGCCUGAGGGCCCUCUGCGUCCAAAGUGAUGUGAAAUACCAUAAGAGAGUUUGUGCAGAGUACAAGAAGUGGAUAAAAGAAAAACGCAGACUACAAGAGAAGAAGACUCCCGUAAAAAGAAAAACAGUCAACUCCAGCAAAACAGAGGUGAUUGGGAAGAAGGAAAUCACACAGUCUUCUGCUAAAAAAAAAAAAUCCUCCACCCGAAACUUCUCCUGCAAACAUUGCAGCUACAAGACAAACUCCAGAAAAAAAUUUAGGCGGCACAAAAUGUGUCUUAGUGAGAAGAUGCAAACUUCGUCCAUAUGUCUAGAGAGGCUUGAUGAGAAGAAGGAAUUUGAUGUAGACAAGAAAAAACACCAAAGUCUCGUGCAGGACGGCAACCAAAAUGGAGACCUUGGAUGGACUGAGCCCUUAGAAGAUGUCAAUGAAGACGGAGGAUUAAAACACGCCGAGAAAAUGCAAGAAUGAAGGUGAUAAGUGACGUACAUUUUGUUUUAUACCAGCCUGAGUGCAUAAGAAGAAGGACAGGAAGACUGCAACAGGAUAGCUGCUGUCCUCGGACAUUAUUUCACAGAAGGCCGUAAUUUACACCCACCAUGUUUUGUUUGUUUUACUUCAGAAAUGGAAAAAAACAGCUCUAAGUAUUGCAUUUCUUAAAACCAUUUCAGUCAAAACAAGAUGCCAAAGUAGCUUUGUUUUUUUUUCUCAAAUCACAGGUAAAAGGGUACAAGACGACACAGGUUUUGUCCUCCAAAAGCAGUCUUCUGCUAAGACGUUGAGUAGUCACCUCAAUGUUUUGUUUUCUCUGACUAAAAUUAGACUGAUGAAGGCAGAUGUAUCCUCAGAAAGUGAAAACUCUUUGCCAAAAAUUAGCUUUUUUUUCUGUUUGCUUGUUUUUUCCCUAAAUAGGAAGCUCCAGUCUAAGUAUUUGUUUGCAUUUAAUACAUCUUUGGUACUUUACAACUGUAUUAUUUGAUGUUCUUGAAUGCUGGAUCAUCACACAGAGCUCUCUGGUGUCGAUUACAUUGGUUGAAUAGAUUUUAUGUAAUUUUAAAAAAUUGGUUUACUCUACAGGAAUUAUUUCAGCUUAGCGGGUUUUUUUUUGAUAAAUGUAUUACCUUGAAUUUAUUUAUUUCUUUGUUGAUGUGUUUUAAACUGGCUUUAUUUGUUACAGCACAAUUUCUGUGCUGGAAGUUGUUGGCUUAAUUUGAUUUAAACCCAAUUUUAAUAAAACUUACAAUUGUGUUUAGUUUUUGUUGAUUUUUAACAUUUAAGAAUUAUUUUUUUCAACUACACAUAUUUAGAAUUUGACAGUAAAAAUUUACCUUUAUUUAGUGGAGACUUACAAUGCUUCCUGGUGUCCCUUUAUUUGAUUCUUAAUUCAUACUGGAGUUCUGAAAUAAAGCAGAAUUUGUAGUUUUUCA